AUGAAUACGACGAGGCCCUCAAUUUCUGAGGGCAAAACCCCCAUGAUCAAAGUCCCCGAAUCUGGCCCGUCUCAUUUCCGAGGGCCUCGCAACAGUGGAAAUUUCGAUCCCUUUUCGCCAGUCAACGAGAAUGGAAGCUUCGAAUUCGAUCGAGUCUUGAAGACAGGGAGAGUCUAUCGCCGAGUCAAACACAAGCAUGUCUUUCGCGCCUCAUGGAAACCAGCCUACCUCGUCCUCCGACCGAACCUCCUUUCCGUAUACAAGGACGAGGAAACCACCCGCCUCCGAGUCUCCAUUUCCCUGUCUGAAGUGACCGCCGUCGCGCCCGUCAAGUCUCCGCGAUCAACCCGGCGCCAUGUUUUCGGUGUCUUUACCCCAUCCACGAAUUACCGCUUCGAAGCCCUGAGCGAACGCGAUGCUGAGGACUGGAUCGAUCGUAUUCGCGCCGAGACCCCAGGUGACGAGGACGAGCAAGCUUUUCUGGCUUUGACCAGGAAGCGCGAACCCCCGGCCAUCCACAAACAGCUCGUUGACGAGACAACCGAUCACUCCGAGUUAGAUCACACUGGUCGCGCCAGCUCUCCCGAACCGCGCCAUCCCCUGUCCCCACGCAGCAAAAACACCCAGAGACUCCCUUACAUCCAAGAUUACUCCGGCAACGAAAUGACUUCAUAUUCAGAGUUCUCCGAUGGCCCUGCGCCAGCACGCAACACUCACCUACGAUCUAUGCCCUCUAUCCAUUCACUGUCCGUCUCAGCUCCUGAGGAUAAACUAGCACGGCCGUCAGCAUCUCUACCCCGAGACACCGCCAAACAAACUGAUCUGGGCAUCCUGCGUGACCCGGAGCGGGUCAUCUGUCAGGGGUACCUGCAGGGGCUGCGCAUCCAGGGGACCGUGCGCCAGUGGAAACGGCUCUGGACUGUGCUUCGGCCAAAGAGUCUAGCCUUCUACAAGGAUGAAGCGGAGUACGCUGCCAUCAAGAUCAUCCCCAUGUCUCAAGUAUUUGAUGCCGCAGAAGUGGACCCUUUGUCGAGGUCAAAGACGUUCUGUAUGCAGAUCAUCGCCGAAGAAAAGACCUAUCGACUUUGCGCUCCAGAUGAAGAGUCCCUCGCGCGCUGGCUGGGAUCACUAAAAAGCAUUCUCGCUGCGCGCAGGAGAUUGGAUCCUGGUCUGGGCACUUCUGUAUAA